AUGCUUGUUUUUCCCAUUUCCUUUAUCGCCGUGGGACGGGAUUGCUGCGGGGCGCAGUGGUGGGAGAAGAGCGAUUGGACGGGGUACAAGGAGCUGGGCGCGGAGAAGUCGGGCAGAAACGAUCAAGGAGAUAGCUGGUGGGAGAAGUACAACGGCAAGGGGUGGACGGAGAAAGGGUCGCACAAGUACGGGCGGUCCAACGACCAGUCGUGGUGGGAGAAGUGGGGCGAGCAGUACGACGGCCAGGGCAUGGUGCUCAAAUGGACGGACAAGUGGGCGGAGAAGGACGACGGCACCAAGUGGGGCGACAAGUGGGAGGAGCGGUUCACGUCGGGGGUGGGGCACAGACAAGGGGAGACCUGGCACGUCGAGAACUCAGGCUCCCGCUGGUCGAGAACAUGGGGCGAGGAGCACUUCGGGGAUGGGUAA